GUAAACAAUAUGGAUGAUUGUUUUGAUAAAUUACAAGAAAUUUUGAGAGAAGUUAGUUUAGAAUUAGUGACAGAAAAACGUCGGGAAUUUGUUUCUGAAGAAUAUUUGGAGGAAGUUGAGGAAAGAAAAGAACUUGCAAGACAAGCUAGAUUGGAGGCUAAAGAACGUAUUUCUAGCAAAAAGAAAAGUCGAAAGGGGGGAACAUAUUUUUAA